AUGGCCGAGAAGGGAGUGAAGGUGUUCGGCAUGUGGGUGAGCCCGAUGGCCAUCCGGGUGGAGUGGGCGCUCUGGCUCAAGGGCGUCGGGUACGAGUAUGUCGACGAGGACCUCGCCAACAAGAGCGACGCGCUGCUCCGCCACAACCCGGUGACCAAGAAGGUGCCGGUGCUGGUCCACGACGGCAAGCCGAUCGCCGAGUCCACCAUCAUCGUCGAGUACAUCGACGAGGCGUGGAAGGACGGAUACCCCAUCAUGCCGGCCGACCCCUACGAGCGCGCUCAGGCGAGGUUCUGGGCCAGCUUCGCCGACGACAAGUGCAACGCCGCCAUCUACCUAGUCUUCACGGAGACCGGCGAGGCGCAGCGCGAGGUGGUGCGCGAGGCCCAGCAGUGCCUGAAGACGCUGGAGAAGGCCCUGGAGGGGAAGAAGUUCUUCGGGGGUGACACUGUCGGCUACCUCGACGUCGUGGUUGGGUGGUACACGUAUUGGCUGCCGAUCAUCCAGGAGGUCUCCGGCACCAGCGUCGUCACCCACGAGGAGCUGCCUCUGAUGAAGGCCUGGUUCGACCGGUUCCUGGCCGUCGACGUGGUGAAGGAGACCCUGCCCCCGAGGGACAAGCUCCUGGCGCUCAACAAGGCUCGCCAUGAGCAGCUCCUCUCGACGUAG